AUGAAUGUGACCGAGUUGAACCUUUCUGAUGUCUGUAAGCAUUUCUCCUGUCCAGAGAGAUCUGGAUCUCCUGCAGAUUAUAUCUUACUGUACGUGUGUUCAGCUGCUGUGGUUCUUCUAACAAUGUUUGGAAAUCUGCUCGUCAUCAUCUCUGUUCUUCACUUCAAGCAGCUUCACACACCAACCAACAUGCUCGUGCUCUCACUGGCCGUGACGGAUUUCUUUGUGGGUGCUUUGGCGAUGCCGCCGAUGUUAAUCUGGAUUAUUGAAAGAUGCUGGAUUUUUGGGAGAGGUUACUGCACCAUGUUGUGGUUGAUUGGUUUUUUCCUCACAAAUUUAUCAAUCUAUAAUGUCGCUCUGAUCGCUGUGGAUCGCUAUUUUGCUCUCUCAUACCCCUUUUUCUACAUGAACAGAGUAUCAGUGAGAUUUACUUGUAUCGUUAUUAUUUCUGACUGGUGUCUACAGGUGGUCUAUAUCUUAGUAUUUAUGUAUUUCAGUGGAAACUUCACAAAUUCUAUAAUGUGUCCUGGAGAGUGUUUUCUUUUACUAAAUGAGGUUUGGGCUGUAAUUGAUCUUGUAUUAACAUUUAUAUUUCCACUUUCUGCCAUAAUCAUAUUGUACACUCGAGUGUUUAUGAUUGUAAAGAAACACGCCACUGCUAUCAGAGAGCUUAAUAAUCACACACGACCUCAAACACAGAAAAUCACCUCCCACUCCAUGAAAUCUGAGAGAAAAGCAGCCAAAGUCCUCAGCAUUUUAGUGGUUGUGUUUCUGGCGUGUUUACUUCCGUAUUUCAUUUACAGUUUAUUAGGUGGCGUUAUUGAAAUACAGGAAGAAAUAUUUCACAAACUCAUGAUUGUGAUUUCUGUGAAUUCCACCAUUAAUCCUAUUAUUUACGCUCUGUUUUACCCGUGGUUUAGGAAGUGCGUUAAAUUAAUUAUAACUCUGCAAAUAUUCCAAACAGACUCUGAAUUGAUGAAUGUUCUUGCAUGA